AUGACCACCGACGUUUCUUCGCCUACGCUAGCUGGCGAUCUGCACUCGGCCAGGGACCACGAUCGACACGCGCGACCUGCCGCCAAAUCGCCGUCAGUGGAUGAGAAUGGCUCCGAGUCCCUUAGUCCAAUUGUCAGUCGACGCCCAACCUCCAAGCAUUCUCGCAGCACCGGCCCGCCCGUCAGCAAAGAUAACCAGUCGAACAAAAAUACAUUAAAACCCAGCACGUCAAACCAAGGGCACAACUCUGGAUUAGAUCCCCUCAGCACACAAAUAUACCUUCGGACAAAUAGCAAUACCGAGCCCACCAUUGCGCAACGCCUGCUCAGCGCCGGCAGACCCGACAGCCCGACCCCCGACAGCAUUGGUCGCCCCAGCCACGACUCGAAUCCCAGUGCGCGCCCUGAUAGCAUCAAGGACCGAAAAAAAGGUACUUCCUUUCUCAGUCGCCUAUCUAUUCGCGGACCUUUCAAGAAGGAUGACGAUAUCGAUUCCGACUCUGAAUUCGGCGACCACGGCCGCACUGAUGGAAGUAAUGCCCGGGCUCUUACCACAGUCAUGGGCGCGGGAGGUGGCUAUCUCCCGCUGCACAAGGAACCGCCCCGAUAUAUUCGGGUCAAGGCGCACAACAAAAAGUCUCGCAGCUUCAACCACCUGUUUCUCGCUCAGGAGCUUUCUAGCACUAAGAAAGACGAUGGGCACUCGAAACAUGCGCCUGCCACAGUCGUUGGCAGCAAAAUUCUCAAAGGAGGCGAUGCCAUAUGGGCGGCUGAAUUCAGUCUCGACGGUCGCUACCUCGCAGUUGCGGGCAUGGACCAUAUCGUCCGCGUUUACGCCGUACUAUCGACACCCGAGGAGCGAAAAGCCUAUGAAGCUGAGCAGGAACAAGAAGACGAGAAGGAGAGCCGUUCCAAGAGGGAGCGACUGAGUGCGCCCGUCUUCCGCAGCAAGCCUAUCCGCGAAUUUGAGGGCCAUUGUGGAGAAGUACUCGCGUUGAGCUGGAGUAAGAAUAACUUUCUGCUGUCUUCCUCUAUGGACAAGACAGUGCAGCUAUGGCAUCUCAGCCGGCAAGAAAGUCUCUGCACCUUCAAGCACGAUGAUCUCGUCACUUCUAUUAGAUUUCAUCCAACCGAUGACCGCUUCUUCCUGGCUGGAUCCUUGGAUGAGCAGCUGCGGCUCUGGAGCAUCCCUGACAAGUCUGUCGCCUUCGCUGCGCCGACGGGUGAAUUUAUCACGGCCGUGGCCUUUACUCCAAACGGCAAAACGGCCAUCUGUGGUCUUCUAAGCGGCGUCUGCAUCUUUUACGAGACGGAGGGUCUCAAGAAUCCCUGGCAGAUUCAUGUUCGCUCAUCGCGCGGCAAAAAUGCCAAGGGCAGUAAGAUUACCGGCAUUCGCACCAAGGCGACCUCUGUACACGGCACCCGCCAAGCAGAUGUCAAGGUUCUCAUUAGCUCCAACGACUCGCGUGUACGCAUCUAUAGCUUGAAGACGCGGAUGCUGGAAGCCAAGUUCAAAGGGCACGAGAAUUCGUCCAGCCAGAUUCACGCCCGAUUUAGCGAUGACGGUCGCUUUGUCACCUCGGGCAGCGAAGAUCGCAAAGCGUAUAUAUGGGACAUCUCGCACCCUGAGCUGGAAGUCCGCGACAAGCAGCCUUAUGAGUGCUUUGAUGCGCAUCCCGAAGUGGUAACAGCCGCUCUCAUGGCUCCCAUCGCGACAAAGCAGCUCUUAGGCGCCUCGGGUGACCCAAUUUAUGAUUUGUGCAACCCGCCGCCGGUGACGCUGAUGAGCUUGAGCGAGGCCACGAUAAGUCAGAGCGCUCUCUCCGAGGCUACGCACUCGGAUGCGCCGGCGAGCGUCAAGAAGCAAAACGAGAGUCCCGCUUACAUCGAGCGCUCCAAGCACAAGGAUGGCAACAUUGUUAUUACUACAGAUCGGAAAGGCAUCAUCAAGGUCUUUAGGCAAGACUGUGCGGCCGUGAAGCGGCACCAAAGCCUGUGGGAGACAGGAUCCAAGUUUUCCGGAAAGGUGGCCGGCGUUGGUCGCAGCUCAAGCUUGGCAACGAGAACAAGCGGUGGCAGCCGUGCUCACUCUCGACGUGGAUCUCUGAGCACGAGUGGCAAUUUGAUGCCAAAUCAGAUUUCCUCUGACAGAAUUAUGAGUUGGCGACAGGACAUUGAAGGCGGACGAAACUCGGUUGGAACGCCGGCAACAAGAAGUGAAAGAUCAGUCUCACCGUCCAAGACCGGCAUCCGAACGCCGCUCAAUGGUUCAGUCUCCAACCUGGCGUCGGAAGCCCGAAAGCAGCCGUAUAUCGCCACGACUCCGUCGCGAAAGCUGAGCAACGGCAACAUGCAGAGGCGUGGCCGAACAACCUCGAGCAGCCUUGAGCCCCUCAAAGUGGCCGGCAAAGAAACAGACCAGAACAUGGGACCUGCUGUUCCUCCGACCCCAAGUUUUAGUCUAAUUAGCACCACGGACUCUGAUAUACAGGAAGAGGGCCGUGACGGCAGCUUUUGGAACCUGAGCCGCUGGCGCGGAGGCCUUUCUGGGCUACGCAACGUGACUAACAGCAACGCCGCAGGCGACAAGCCAUACACCGGAUCUCGCCGGACGAGCACCUCGACAGAGCGAUCAGCACACGGUCACCGUCGCAGCAUGGGCGUGCACGAUUUGCGGCGGUUGAUUGCGAGCGGGGAUGAGACCAGCCGACGGCGGUCCAUGUUGCCGGCAAUGUCUACAUCGGCAACAAGCGACGUGGAGUCGGAGGUGCUUUCGCAGACGCUGAGCGAAGCGUCGAGCGAGGUGAGCGACUAG